AUGUCAGCAACAGCACCGUAUCGAGGCUCCGCCACGUUGUCUUCCUUGGCGGGGCAAUGGGAAACGGAGAACCCCCGCGCAGGAUGCUUCUCCGCUUCCGAGCCUCAAGUCAACGGCCCACUGGCAAAUGAGACGGCAGGGACUGAUGCAGGGGAGGACCCUCUCAGCAAAGCAGGGAAAGGGCUGAUCACAUCGUGGACGGAUUCACAGGAGCUGCGUUUCCCACCGACGGUGCACCGUUGCGGCCAAUUGCUUGGCCGCGGCCGCCAAGGCACAGUUUGGCUUUGCGAAGACAUGCAUCGUUCUGGGGAAUACUACGCAGUGAAGACGAUUGAGGUACCGUCCUUGGCUGCUGUUCCCGUGCAUCAGGUAAUUCAGAAGCUAAGGAACCUCCCAGGCAACAAGUUGAAUCCGCCCCCCGUCACCACUCCCAAGAGCAUUGUAUUGGACGCAUCCUUUUUGGAGGAGGGGCGUCUUUGGCAGCAACUUUGUCACCCUGGAUUGGUGCAGUUUUAUGGAGUUGAGACGGAUGUGGGGACGGGUGGGACCGCCGUUUGCCGCGUUUACUUGGAAUACAUGUCGGGCGGUUCGCUAUUGUCCUUUGUUCGCCAGCACUAUGAGGCAGGGCGACUGCGUGAGAGGGCAUUGCGCUGGUUUCUAAACCCCAUCGUUGAAGGCUUGGCGUACCUGCAUGCCAAUGACGUGGCGCAUUUGGACGUCAAGGCGGAGAACAUUUUGGUCACGUGGGGCGACGCACGCGCCGGCGACUGCGGCGACAGCCAAGUCAACGCCCAGCCUCGGUUUCCAGCGGCGAAGUUGGGCGACUUUGGCUGCGCACGCUUCCUUGGCACUCGAGCCCCGUCUACCGCCGCCAACGACAGAAGCAAGUUCAAUGAACAGGGUCUGGCGCAGCUUGCCGGCGAAGUGCUUUCCGGCACGCCUGGGUUUAUGGCACCGGAGGUGAUUUUGCAGCUGCACACCACCUCCGAUAGGUGCGGCACGGCGGCGGAUGUGUGGUCGCUUGGCUGCACCAUUCUCCAACUCCUGCGUGGUGCGCCUCCCACGCAUGCCGGGUCAAACCCUGCCGCCAUCCUCUUUGAGACCGCAACGCGUCCGGAAAAAAUUUGGAGGUUUAUUCCCCGCGUUGGGCGGGACUCCGACGCUUGUGGUGCGAGGAAGUCCAUCUCCCCGAGGAAAUUCCGUGAGGGCGUUGUCGUUUCCGCGACGCUGCGGGAUUUGCUUCUGCAGUGCCUGCAGCCGGACCCCCGUAAACGCUCCACGGCGGCGCAGCUGUUGCAGCACCCCUUCUUUAAGCAGCCCUGCAGUGCCGCGGAUGCCGCGGAGGGCCUUCUUGACCCGAGUCUGUUCUCUGGCCACGACAGCCGCUGUGGACUGAGGAACGAACCCUUGCUGUCCGGAACGGCGGGAAGCACGACCAGCACGCUCUUCGACGGUCUUUCAAGCAGCGAGGCGGGCAACGAGGGCGCUGACGACGACGCUGACGACGACGCGAUGGUGGAUAUCUAA